CGGUAACAGUGAGGCAAAAAAAGAGGUGUUGAGAAAAUAGACGAAGUUUGGAAACUUGGGAAAAGUACAGAAAAUGACUGAUACCCUGCAAUAGAAGUAAAAAUGGAUAAAAAGCACAAGGAAGUUCUGCGAACAAGCCGAGCUGAUCUGGUGGAUAACAUCAACAUUGAUGAUGGACUUAUCACACAACUUCUAUCACGUAAAAUAAUCUCUAAACGGGUCGGCAACACAAUACAGGCUUGUUCAACUCCUGAAGCAAGGACCGAAAAACUUUUGGACGUGCUGAACGGACCAAACGCAUUUCAAGGCUUGUGUGAUGGUCUUGUAGCUACAGAACAGGAAUACAUUGUAGAUUUGUACUUAAAAUCCGAUACAAGUGAAAAGAAAGAAGAAAAAGUUCAAAGUUCAGAGACAAAGUCUACACAAGACACAGAGGCAACACCUCAGAAAUCAGAUAAUCUUCCAGAAAGCAGCCAAAUACAAGGGUUAGAAAAAAGUUCAGAGAAUGACUCUAGAGUACUUGAUUAGCUGGCCCAUCAGGGGUCUCAGUUCUAGCCCCAAGCAGAUCCCAGUUUCAGUAUGCAGCCAUCAUGCAGGAGAAGGGACCUGAACGUUUUAGUAAUCUCCCAAAAUCUUACAUGGAGGAUCCAUAUGGUUAUGGUGCUGAGUCAGAAAAUCGACUUCUGAAAGAUCCGGAGUGGACUGGGUACAGCUCACAUGGGUCGACUUGGAACACAAUGCCAGACAAGGCUAGGUUUCAGAAAUACCCAUACAUGAUGCACCCUCCAAAAGGCAUGAUGGAAAAACCAGAGUAUUUAGACAGAGAACGCGAAGAAUAUUUAAGCAGCCGAAUCAGGUCUAAACACUACGUUACCAAGGACUCAAUGUAUAACCUACCAAACAUGACUCCGAGGGAGGUUUUUGUUGCCCACCAGGGAGCAGAGUUCAUUGGACAGAUGCCGUCACCCCAUGAGGACUAUCUACGAAUGCGACAAGGUGACCGAGAAAUGUUAUCAGCGCAACGAUAGCCUAGAUGGUAUGACCAAGCGACCAUUCAAGCCAAAUCAAGAUUCCCAUGACCACCCAGGUGUCAAGCGGCUAAGAACAGAAGAAACCGUGAUUUUACCUGCACGAGAUGGGUCAGGUGGUUCUAUCUGUGUACGAGAUUCAUCAUACGAUUCACGAGCAAUUUACAAACCAUUGCCUGAAAUCUUCAUGGUGGACCCAUGUAGCCAGAGGAAUGCCCGUGUCCCACCUAUCCAGUCCAUUGGCGAGUUUGAUGACCCAGAUAUCGACCUCACUGAUGGACCUGUCUCUGUGAAUGUAGCUCUUUGUCAACGCCAGUUUUAUUUGAGUCAUUUCAAAAAGUCUUAUGCCAUGCGAAGGAUCCCGCGAGGCCAGGCUCUGAUUAUCAAUGUUAAUGAGGUGGAAGGGAAAUUACCACGGCGGGGAACCAACAUUGACAGAGACAACCUCCACAACUUACUCACGCAGCUUCAUUUCUGUGUAACAGUAUACAACGACGUUGACAAGCUCACUGCUGAUGAGAUUGGGAAGAAGCUGCAGCAGUUUUCUUUACUAGAGGAUCACGUUCAGGCCGAUUGCUGUGUGGUGUGCCUUCUCAGUCACGGAGAGGAGGGCUACCUGUUCGGAACUGACGGAAACAAACUUAAACUUGAUGAUAUAUUCGCUCUGUUCGACAACAACAGUUGUAAAAGUCUCAUUGGCAAGCCAAAAAUUUUUUUCAUCCAAGCUUGUAGAGGUGGUGCGUUAGAUGAAGGUGUGGAAUGGAAACAAGCGGACGAGAUUGACGGCUCCCAUCCCAGCAUGCGACAACUUCCAACAAUGUCGGACAUGCUCAUCUGUUAUCCAACACAGUCAGGAUAUUAUGCUUGGAGAAACCGUGAACGUGGGAGUUGGUAUAUUGAAGCCUUAGUGCAAAUUCUAAUGAAGUACGCCAAAAACGAGGAUAUGUGUACCAUGCUAAACAGGGUGAACCAGUUGGUUUCAAGAAAGAUAUCACGCUGUCCCCAGAUCGAAAUGGAUCAAAUGUCGCAGAUGUCGGAAUACAAAAGUACACUGCGAAAACCUCACCUCUUCUUCUUUCCUGGAAUCGGAUCUGUGUGACCUUUGACCUGUAAUCCAGAGGUCAUUGAGAAAAGUUCUUCCAAUCUUUUUUAACUGUGAUGAUCAAGAGUAAAAUAUUGUAUCAUGAUAUUUAAUUCAUGAUCUUAACGAUUUGUUAGUCCCAUUGGUCAAAAUUUCAUUCUUUUUCAUUGAUAAAGAUAUAUCCACUUAAGUGUGUAUUUUUAUAAAGAGAUGUAGUUAAAGUCCCUAUAAAGUUGUGAUAAUGCUACAUUUUGUAUGUAUCGACACUCCCUACCCGGGUCAGUUUUUGUUUCUCGGAAAGCUGAAAAACGGGCCUAGCUGUCUGUGCUGUCUUGGUUGUGUCUUUGGGCAAGACACUUAACCCUAAUUGCUCAGGAUGGCAUGCGAUGGGCCUCCCUCUGUUCAGUGAGGUAGUCACCAACUACUACAUGGAAACCCGACCUCAAAAUGACUCUUCCUGUUCAGGAGACGAUAAACCCAGCAAUCAUUUUUAUACCUAGGCGAUGUGACUUGUUAAGUAAAACAUUUGUUGUAAAUGUAUAUUAAAGUUGGCUCAUGAAUUCUGACUUCCUUCAAAGAAAGUCAUCUAAAUUAUGUAGUUCCAAAAUUGGCGCUCUAAUUUUCAGCCUUUAUAAGUAUUUAUGAACUCUGAUAGAGUAAGAUUGAUGUAUGAUUACGAUGACAAGGCAUACCAUUAAUUAUAUAAAAAAAAAAAUACAAAACAUCAACGAAAUGAAAAUUUGAUAUUCAGAUAAACAUGUUCCCUGUAAUAUUUUUUCUAUGUAGAUAUUUAAAUAUAUUUCAUUUCCUCUAUAUUUGUUUUGACUGAUUCAGUGAUUUGAGAAAGUGCUCACAAAUACUUGUUUACAUUCAAAUGUAAAAAUUUAAAGACAAUUACACUAUAAAAAUUUAUAAUUAUUUAUAACCUUUGUCUUUACCUUUGUACGUAGCUAGGAAAUAAUCCUUUUUGAAGACUCUGUUAGUGAAAAAACAAUUGAUUAUUGCAGUUUUAUUUUUUAUUUAUUUUGAUAGUCUGAUCAAUUUUAGUUUAAGUAAUAUUGUUUUAGAUGCAGGAGUUUGAAACACAGAAUUUGUAUAAUUAGAGUUUAAUUUAGAAUUUUUAUGCUUUGCAUUUUAGUGUUACAUUUUCCGAUAGGAAUUACUGUGUACGGUAUACCUACGGUUUCAUUAUUGCUAGGUCUGUAGAGUAACCAUUAGAAGUGAUCACUAUCCUGUUAUAUUUAUGACUCUCCUUACUGACGUGAGAGUGAAAAUAUCCAUGCUUACAUUUUGUUUGAUCAGCAGUAAACUGAGUUAGUUUGAAAAUGUAUUGUUGGAAAAACCAACUAUAGGAACUUAAUCAAAAGUUUUCUGCUAUUAUGUGAGAUUUAUUUGUGAAAUGAAUCAAAUGAAAAAUGCUGCCAUUUCAGAAAAUGACCCUGUACAGAACUUAAAUAUCAACUUUUAACAAGUUGGAAUUAAUAUUGUGAUCUUUAUUAAACUUUUUGUUUAAAAUUUCCCAAAAACAGGACUGUUUCCUUGACAAUAAGAGUGAAACCUGACUUUACCGACCUUGUCUAGGUAAUGUGUCGGAUAGGACAGUGUGUUGGUGAAGACAGUGUCAGCAAUAGUAGUGGGGCAUGUUACCGUUCUGGUGGAUAUGGUCAGAUGUUACAGGAUGUUGUUAUAGUCAGUGGUCAGUAAAGUCAGGUUUCACUGUAAUAAUUUUACCGUAUUCAGUGUAAUAAAUGACACAUACCCUUACAAAUACAUCCCUACAUUCUUUUGUUGGAAAGAUAAAUAAAUGUGGCCUCUUAUUUACAUUUCAUUAUAUCUAAAAAUAUCUUUCUCUCUUGCUUCUCAGCCUGGAUUACCUGGUUACAUGAAACUUUUUCCCUGUAAAUGAUUUAUCAAAGAUAUUUAUGCCCCUGCCAUAAAAUAGAGGUGCAUAAAGUUGCCCAUGUCCGUCCCAUCUCCUCAUGUCAAGUCCUAUGGUAUGACGAUGCAUCCCGUCCCCCCUCACACCGCUUCCCGUCCUAUCCUGAUUCAAUAUAAACACUUAGCAACUUCAUACUUUUGACCCAUUUUUUUGUCAAAAUUUAUUCAAUUUCCAUACGUCAAGCUUGAGUAUACUUCAGACAUUGCUGUCUUUCAAGGAUUUUAAGGCCAAGGCCAGGGUCAUACUUGCUAUAUAUAGAAAAUCAUCAACUGAUUCAAUUUAAACUCUAAGCAAAUUCAUUCUUUCACAAAUUUUGGUCAAACUUUAUGUAAAGGUCACAUGGCAGCAGAGGUAUUUAUGUUGUUUUUUCUUAAUUUCUUUUUUUGUUUUGUUAGUACACAUUUCAUUUAUUGUGUCAAAUAGGGUAUUGCUAUACCACAGUAUACUAUGCUUUCAAAGCAGAAUAACAGGAUAUUUUGCUUUAAAUGGUAACAGUUUUAAAUGUUUAAACUGUCCGACAUAAUCUGUGUAUGAAAUAUAUGAUUGUGUUAAGAUUGUUGUCUUCAAAGAUAAAUAUAUAUAUAUAUAUAUCAUGUAUAAACUUUAUUGUGAAUAGAUAAUACUGAUUUAAUUCACAUGUAAAUAGAUAAUAAUGGAUCUAUUAUAAAGGAAUUAAUAUAACAGAAACUUAGAUUUUAUAGAGAAUAUUUAAAAUGUUUAUGUGCGGUUGUUCCACACAUCCUAACUGUUAAUCAUAUCGUUGUUGUCGGGGACUGUAACCGACUUGUUACAGAGAUAAUAUCCUUUCUAUAGCCGAUCAGUGUCUCGCUAAAAGAAUUAAGAUAGAUUUUUUAAAUUUUCUUUGAGGAAUGGCCAUAUUGUGUUCAAAUAUAUAAACAAUGUCUUAGAAUUCUAAUACUCAGAGUGUAUCAUUGUAAGGACAAAACUGAAAACUGGAUUAGGGAAAGAGGGUUUAGUAAUCUAAUUAGUGUUUUAAUGAGAGAAUCUUCAUUAAUUCUUAUCACCCUCAAAAUAUUGUUAACGCUACACAGGGGAUAGGCGUGGACCUAUGUCACAAAAAAAUGAUUGUCAGUUGAAAAUUAGCCUAUCCCGAUUAUGUAAUGACCCUUCCCUCAACUAUAUAUCCCUAACCGCAAGUAAAUGAAGUCGUAGGACGGGUCAUACUCGGGAGAUGAUAAAAGUUAAGGAUAUGUAGUCAUGGGAUGGGUCAUUCUUUGGAGAGGCUAAUUUUUCAUCUGACAAUUUUUUUUGUGAUGUACCGUAGGUCUGUGCCUACCACUUGUAGUGUUGCAGUACAUAUUUUAGUGGUGAUCUUAAUUAAGCGACUUUUGCAUUGAAAAUCUCCUAAAUCAUGGUUUGGAUAACAGUUUACUGUUUUCUACUGCAAGAACUUUGAGGCAUUCAAAUUCAUCAUCUCCAGCCAUAAUCUGUUUCGAUUCAGUUAUCAGCUUAAAUUUGAGUGCACCAAAAUAAAUGUUUUCACAGUAUUAUAAAAAAAGUUUUUCUGCAUUAAAUUGUUUGUGUAGAGAAUCACAGGACAUUGACUAUAAUUUGUUUUUGAUUUUUUAGCUUUAUGGGUAGAUCAAAUUUCCUAAAACAGAAGUGUUCAAGUCAACAAUUUUGUUGUAGAAUUACAGUGAAUAUUAACAUAAAGCAUACCAUAACUUUUAUAUAAGUAUUUAAGAUGUACAUAGUGUUUACACUUCUGUCUGUACCAUUCCAGCUGUGUUCAGAGUCAAACUUUUUUGUUGACAAUUGUUAAAUAUUCGACUUUACCAUGUACAUUUAAAUUUUAAUCUUGUCUUUUUGUGUUCAGUGUUUUUAAGAUUGACAAAUUAAGUCAAGACUGGGCCCUAUGUGUUCAAAUAUACAUUUUAUCUACUUGUUAAAGAAUCAUGAUUAUUACUUGUUGAUUAGUUACUGCGGCUGUUUGUCUGUCUGAAAUCUGUUCUUUCGUAUGAAGAUCGACAGUGGCCGUAGAUUAUUUUGUCAUCGUUUAUACAUUGAUAAAGUUAUGAUGUCAUUGUCAUUGUCUCAUCCACCAUCAUGAUCCCAAUGUCAUAUCUUAUGUAGUCAGUGUUGUGUUACCUUUGACUCUGAUGUCAGUGUUGUGUUACCAUUGACUGAUGUCAGUGUUGUGUUAUCAUUUACUCUGAUGUCAGUGUUGUGUUACCAUUGACUGAUGUCGGUGUUGGUUUACCAUUGACUGAUGUCAGUGUUGUGUUACCAUUGACCCUGAUGUCAGUGUUGUGUUACCAUUGACCCUGAUGUUGGUGUUGUGUUACCAUUGACUCUGAUGUC